GGAGGAGGUGGGGCUUGGGGGCUGCGGAAAGUCCGGGCUUGGGGGAUCCUCUAGCUGAGCUGGGGGUCCUAUCUCCUGAACUCACAAAAGAUACCGGUGCUGGCUCUCUGCAGACGUGGCUGACUGGUUCAGGGCCCGCUGUCACCCACCCGGAUCGUCCAUCACAUCGUCCCCGGAUGCAGUGCAGCCCGCUCCUGCCCCUUCAGCAUUAACCCACUAAAGGACCUCAAAUCCCCGCUGUGCCUUAGGCAGCAUCACUGAAAAGCCCAGGCGGCCACGUGCUGCGCCGCCACUGCACGGGAUGUUCGAGGAUGGCUUCCCGAGGUCAACGCUAAGGGAGUCCACCCCCACCCGCGGAAACCGUCACGCGGGACGCGAUCGUUGAGUGCUUUGCAAAAGAAACACUUAAAGUACCAAGAGAGCCUGUUCCACUGAAGUACCGAAGUCAUAAAGAAUGCUGUUGUAAAAAGUUAAUAAUAUGAUGAGGGGUUGCCACAUCUGCAAACUUCCGGGAAGAGUCAUGGGGAUCCGAGUGCUCCGGUUCUCCCUGGUGGUCAUCCUUGUGUUGCUGCUGGUAGCGGGGGCUUUGACCAACUUACUCCCCAACAUCAAAGAAGACAAGAUGCUCACUCUGCGUAGGGAGAUCAAAUCCCCGAGCAAGUCGGCCCUGGAUUCAUUCACUCUCAUCAUGCAGACAUACAACAGAACAGACCUCUUACUAAGACUCCUAAAUCAUUAUCAGGCGGUACCGAAUCUGCACAAGGUGAUCGUGGUGUGGAACAAUGUGGGAGAGAAGGGCCCAGAGGAGUUGUGGAAUUCUCUAGGGCCUCACCCGAUCCCUGUCAUCUUCAAACCACAAACAGCAAACAAAAUGAGAAACCGACUCCAGGUCUUCCCUGAAGUGGAGACCAACGCGGUGUUGAUGGUAGACGAUGACACACUCAUUAGUGCCCAGGACCUUGUUUUUGCUUUCUCAAUUUGGCAGCAAUUUCCUGAUCAGAUCGUAGGAUUUGUACCUAGAAAGCACGUCUCUACUUCCUCCGGGAUCUACAGUUACGGGGGCUUUGAGCUGCAGACACCGGGACCCGGGAAUGGCGACCAGUACUCCAUGGUGCUCAUCGGAGCCUCCUUCUUCAACAGCAAAUACCUGGAACUCUUCCAGAAGCAGCCUGCAGCCGUCCACGCGCUGAUCGACGAGANGCAGAACUGUGACGACAUCGCUAUGAAUUUCCUCGUCACCAGGCACACUGGCAAGCCUUCAGGGAUAUUCGUGAAACCCAUAAACAUGGUCAACUUGGAGAAAGAAACCAACGGGUAUUCUGGAAUGUGGCACCGGGCAGAGCACUUUCUGCAGAGAUCCUACUGUAUAAAUAAGCUCGUUAACAUCUACGACGGCAUGCCCUUAAAGUACUCCAACAUUAUGAUUUCCCAGUUUGGUUUUCCGUAUGCCAACCAUAAAAGUAAAAUGUGAACCGGAAACAAAGACAAGCCCAAAACACCGUGCUGGGUUUUCAGUGGCUUCUCCAUGCUGUGUGUUUUUGGUUUUAUUUUUGUUUUUUUCAAGCAACACUAUGAACUUUUAUCUAGUCCAUAAGUCUCUAUAAUAGAAAAAAAAAAACCAUAUGCGGUACUUCUAGAAUAUAAAACACAUGGACUUCAAAAGCCAAGAAGUUGGCCUUACCGGGAUAGGAUUUCUUGUGCAGAGCUUUUGUCCAAGAUGGUGACAUUAUUGUUUACAUCUCGGACUGCUCCCCAGUUUGUUUGAGCCCUGGCAUUUGCCUCAANACCCUACAGCAAGCUGCUUCCAGAGACUCACAAGAGACAAUUUUCAGCUUUUCAGUGAAGGUCGAUUGUUUUUAUUUGAAGCCUGAAAUGCCUGCGGUAUAGGGAAAAGCCAUGUGAGGAGAGUUUAGNNUGAACUCACUGUAGAGAGCCAGGAAAAUUCCUGGUUGCCGNUGUCUUUCUGGCCCAUCUCAGCAGAACUGAAUGAGCCCAGCAUGGUUCUAACGAAGCUGUCAGUGCUGCUGUUUCUGCUGUUAGGCCUGUUGGUGACUGGCAGUGUAAGUUUUCAUGGCUGACUGUUGUUUAAUUGUUUUUUAUUAUUUUGGUUUGGUUUGGUUUUUGUGUGAGCCUACUCUGCAUGGAUCACUGAAAUGUGCCAGCCAUGUUUCUCAUAUGCAACAAGGAGUCAAUGUGUCCCUGUAAUCUGUCACCGCGUGUGACCUUGAGAAUCUACAUUAGUUCUUAUAUUUUACAGAAUGUGUUGAAUAACUAUGUAUAAAAAUAACUUCUGAAAGAAUGGUUAAGUAGAAGCUAGCAGAAAUAAAAAACUUUAGUAUCAAAGAUCUUUAUUAUUAAAACAUAGGCUACCUUGUGAGUAUUUAAUAACUGUAUUGCACAAAAAUGUUUCCAUACAGAACCCAGGAUUUUGUUAGGAUUUUUUUUUUAAGUCCCAAGGCACUAUUCAUCAUGAUGAAAUUUCAAUUACAUAGUUGUUGAAAAUAAAAAGGACUGAGCCAUCAUGUGAGAAGGCUGUGGGAUACCCUCAGGAGUUCACUGUUCCUACUACACACCUCUCGCUGUGGGAGCCAGUGUCUGCGUCUUGCCUGCUGUCCUUUGGUUUGACCUUGUUCACCACUACUGAAAAGAAAUAAUCUAUCAGGCCUCUGUGUAUCACUUUUCUUCUUCUCUUCAUAUAAGGCGUGAAAUAGGAAAAUACUGACCACCCAAGUUCCACUGCAAUACCUUCCCGCCGUCAGUUCAGCGUCUGUUUGUCUAAAAAUGUAUGUGUGUGUCUUAAUGCAAUCAGAAAUAUAUUUCAUUUGAUCCCAUUAAAAGUUAUGUCAGUUACAUGCUUCAUCCAAAUUUGGUAAUACAUUUUUGCUUCUUAGUCGUCCACUGUCAAAUAAAUAAACAUCAGCUGUCUACUGUGUUAA